CUUGAGGAUCGUGUCGGACAGUGCAUUAGUACAGGGGCGCCGAUCGGGUUCCAGAUGAUUAGCAAAUGGCUAGAGCAGUGUGUUGCAGACCAUGAAGUCUGCCGUAAAGGGAUAGGUGAUAUCUGGCCAGCUCGUCUCUUGGACCUCAACGAAUUUGCAGAUUGCGACGACCUACGGUUGGUUCUUACUUCCGAAGUUGGCAAGAAACCGUAUGCUACUUUGAAUUACUCUUGGGGUGAGAAUACCAAUCUCACGCUGAGUUCUGGAAAUUAUGACAACUUCCGAUCCCGCAUUAGACACGAUGCUCUACCUGCUACAAUCCGGGACGCAGUCGCAGUCUGUCGGAAUUUGUCCAUCCGAUACUUGUGGGUGGACGCUUUGUGUAUCAUCCAAGGGGAUGACAGGGAUUUCGCGCAGGAGGUCUCCCGCAUGGGAUCAAUUUACGCGGCAUCACUCCUCACUGUGGCGGCAGGAAACUCGAAACACUGCGAGUCCGGAAUCUUCACAACUCGUCAGCCACUUGGCGAAGAGUACUGCAUGGUUGAAGUUGAUGGCAGUAUUUUCCGAUUUGCACGGAGACAUUGGCGCAACUGCGGACGUCACUAUAUAAUGGUCCCAUUUUCCGUCCUUAAUUCUCGAGCUUGGGUAUUCCAAGAACAUAUGAUGUCGCCUCGGACGAUACAGUUCACCGAUAGUGAAAUCAUCUGGGAAUGCCGGACGCUAACGAUGUGCCGACAUUGUGUCGACACCAAGCCCGUCUCACAGGGGAUCAAAUCCACGUACGUGCGUUUGCACCGAUAUCAGGAUGUAUUUAAGCAACAGACUGCCAUUAGAAUCUCAUGGCCAUGUCUGAUGUCACGCUACAGUCUAUUAGAACUAAGUGAUGAAGAGGACAGGCUGAAUGCAUUGGCAGGCAUCGCACAACUUGUCCACCGAUGCGGCUACCAGAUGUCCUAUGGCCUUUUGUUAGCAGAUUUUCUCAAUGAGAUUCUGUGGCAAAUCACUGAUGCCGUUCUUCGUGAGGGACGCAAUUCGGAAGAGCUCAAUCAUGUUCCGUCUUGGUCGUGGCUCUCAAGCCACGGUCAAAUGAGGCAUUUGAGCACAACGCAGAAUCAGACUGGAGAAGAACUGUACCAUGGCCGAAUAUUGCGACUACCGAUUGCUACCUCUUUCGAUAACAUCUCCAGAAUGACCUUACAGUGGCCGCCGCAAACAACCCGGG